AUGGCUCAAGAGGAGCAGCUGGAAGAGGAUGACUGGAGGAAGCUUACGCCUUCCGGGAGGUAUUUUGACCCGCUGCAUAGGGAUAACAGAAGCACAGGAGAAGCUUCAAGAGUGUGCAAAGAUACCCUCCACCGAGGAAUCAUUCACCGUCUCAUUUGCGGAGGAUUGGAGGGCUCCAUACUUGGCAUCCUUCAUCAACGGAGUCUUGCCAACCGAUCCCAAGCAUGCACGCAAGCUCAAAAGGACAAUAAAAGAUACUUCAUAGAUGGGUCAACUCUUUACCGUAAGGGGUUUAAUGGUGAGCCAUUAAAAUGCUUGGGAAAGUCAGAGGCACAGCAAGCCAUGCAAGAGAUUCAUGCUGGAGAAUGUGGUGAGCACCAAGGAAUGAAGAGGCUUUACCGGCAGCUGCUGAGUGUUGGGUAUUAUUGGCCUACAAUGAAGAAUGAUGCAUACAACUUUGUGAAGAGGUGCCACACAUGUCAAGUUCAUGCCAACUUAAGUCAUAAGCCUCCCACGCUGCUGCAAGACAUGCGCACUCCUUGGCCCUUUCAUACUUGGGGGCUUGAUUUGAUCGGGACUAUCCAUCCACCAUCCGACGGCUACAUAUGGAUUCUCACAGCCACCGAAUAUUUCACAAAAUUUGGGAUCCCAUACAAGAUUGUCACCGACAAUGGCACCCCGUUUGUCAAUAAGCAAGUAAGCUCGACACUUAGUGGUUAUGGUAUCAAGCAUCGUCGCUCCACGCCUUAUUAUCCACAAGGAAAUGGUCAAGCGGAAGCCACGAACAAGACUUUAUUGAGGAUCCUAAGCAAAAUGGUCUAUGAGUAUGAAGGAGGUUGGAGUGUUCACCUGCCGGAUGCUUUAUGGGCUUACCGCACCUCUUCAAGAAGUGCCACAGGUUUCUCGCCCUAUUCACUUGUGUACGGGUCCGAUGCCAUUUCACCAGUAGAGAUUACCAUCCCCACUGCCAGAAUAGCAGCUGUUAACGACCUCGAAUGGGAUACAAAGUCAUGCUCGGAAUGGCGCCUGCUGGACCUUGAAGCUUUGGAUGAAAAAAGAGCGGAAGCCGAAAAGAGGACAGCGUUGUACCACAGAACUGUAGCUCAAGCCUAUAACAGGACAGUCAAGCCUCGCGCCUUCAAGCAAGGAGACCUCGUGCUAAAAGUUGUGGAGCAUGUGAGAAGACAGGUGUCGGGACCUUCCAAGUUUGCGCCACAAUGGGAAGGCCCGUUUGCAGUCAAAGAAGUUCACAGCAGCGGCUAUUAUCGCUUGGUCUCUGUCAAAGAAGGCACGCUGACAGACCCCGUCAAUGGGAAGUGGCUCAAGCUCUACUACUGCUAA